AUGGCGAGUGCAACGCUGUUUGCUCUCUUCCUAGUUUCUGCCUUAACCUUAUACCCUCCUUCAGCCACUGCUCAACCUGUCACCGACAUGUAUGGCAACGUCGUUAGAAAUGGUGGCAGAUUCCAUAUUUUGCCGUACAUCUUUUCAAACGGCGGUGGAAUAGACCGAAUCGCCACUGGAAACGAAACUAUCCCUCUCACUGUUGUGCAAUCUCCCUUCGAGACCUCUAAAGGGUUACCAUUGCGAAUUACAUCCAUAUUUCGUUCUGGUCAUAUCCCUGAAGGCUCUAUAGUGUUCGUUAAGUUCGAAUUAAUUCCAUUGGGUGACACCUCUCUUGAGUGGACCGUUGUUGAGGGUCUUCCAGAAGGAUCUGUUGUUAAAGUUAGUGGCUACCCAAAUACUGUGAAAGGUUCCUUCUCUAUUCACAGAGAUUCCUCCUCGCCCGAUAGGUAUAAGCUUUUGUUCUGUAAUGUUGACCGCAGCCUCUGUGGUAAUGUUGGGAUUGCUAGGGAUGAUGCAGGAAACAGGCUUUUGGUCAUCACUCAGGACAAGCCAUUCGUGUUUGUUCUUGAGGAACUUGCAUCACCAUCUACUGCAUCUGCAUGA